AUGUGCAGCUACGUGCUCAGCGAGUCGGAACUUCAUCGUCUGGACGUUCAGAUUUGCAAGAAGUUGAGAGUGAUGGAAGGUGGAUCGCAGGUGGCACACGACACACAUGUCAAAGUUCUCACGAACAAGCAACUCAUGAAGCGCUGGGGAGUUGUGCCCUCAAAGGCGGCUCUGGCCAUGCAAAGGAUACGCUGGCUACAAGAUAUGGUGCGGCAUCCUCUGGCUCACCAACAGGUUAUUGCAGCUCUCUGGGGACACUUGGAGGACGAGCCCUCGCCGAUCGACAUCGAAGGGAAGCUGACGGUGAGCACCAGCCCGUUCGCCAGGCAGUUCACCCGCGACCUCAUGCUGUUGGAGGGCAUCAGCGGCACGGAGGAUUUCUUCGAAGAAUGGGCGCUGGUCGGCAGGGCUUGGCAAGAGUUAUGGAGCUGCGAGGAGGUGAACACAGCUUUUUUGAAAGUUGAUGCGAAGCUGCUGGAGGUGUCACUCAUGAGGGAAGAUCAGAUAUGGGAAAAACUUGCACCCAGAGCCAAGGAGACGGAGGAGCCUGAGGGAGAGUUCGUGUGCGACCUGACCGACUCGCAGGGCGCCGUUUGCGGCCCGUGUUUUGAUUCCUUGAAGAAGCUGGUCGCGCAUAUGACGAAGGCCCGCGGCGGGUCUCACGGCGUCAUGUGCCCGCUUAGAUGCUGCGUGAUUGCGAACCAGUGCUUGAACUGUGGCAGCCUGUCCCCCCUGAGAUCAUCUGUAAAAUGUGUGGGCUCGAGUUUGACAACUUACCUGGGUAUUGCACACGCGCUCGAGAGGAACACUUGCCUCGCCCCGCUCCGCGUCUGGUGGAGCGCCAUCGCCUUCGCCAUGCCCGCGCUGCUGGCGGCCGCCGCGGACGACAAGAAGGAUGGAGGCCAAGAGCCACGCCGUGUCAAGUCACGCACAGAAGGAGGCAGCACGGACAAGAAGCUCAAAGGUGUCAGCGAUCAAGGGCUACGUCGGUUCCUGCUCGCGAUGGUCAAGCAGCUCCUGAAGGUGGCGCAGGGGGUGCGAGAACUCGGAGGAUGCCUAUUCGACACUUUUCUCUGCCCUGCGGACGGGGCGGAAGCGCUGAAGAUGGCGGAGCAGACCCACAACUACGCGGAGGCGGUGAAGCGCGACGGGAAGGGUCACCAGCACGGUGCCCCCUACAUCUGGGCGCUCGCGGGCAUGCUGGCGGGACUUCGAGAACGCGGAGACGCAGUGGGCGCCCAGAACGCGAAGGGGAUCGUGGACAUGAUGGAGUGGCUCGACGCGCACGGCGUAGAGGACAAGAUGGAGAUGAUACGGAUGUGCCGUCUGGACAAGACGUACGACAAGGACAAGAAGCGGAUCACCUUUGUGCUACGAGACGAGCGCUGGCGCCAGACGGUGAUCGCGUGCUGCGUUCAGGCGGGGAUGGAGCGCAAGCAGGGGAAGGCCCCAGCGUCGUUCAUGGAGAGGGGGCUCCAGGAGUACGUUGUGCAGCUGGUCG